UGGUAACUCAAAGAUUCAGUAACUUUUAACUGCACCGGCAUUCUUAUAUAUAACAACACCAAUAUAUUUCUCUAAGCCAACACCAAUCAAGUUCGAGAAAACAGGCAAAUGACAACCUCCAUCAAGAACAACUUUCUGCCUCCUGCUCUCAUCUCAAAUCUACAGCAAGUUUUGAUUGCCAGAAACGACGUCGAAGGCAGCGGCCCAGUGAGCAGUCCCCAGAGCAAUGUAUCAUGCGAUGAAGAUUGUGACAAGGAUAUCAUUCUUGUUACAAACGGAGAAGGAAUUGAUUCUCCUGGCCUUACCUCUCUUGUCGAAGCUCUCGUUGCCGAUGGCCGUUUCAGUGUUCACGUCUGUGCUCCUCAAAUGGAUAGAUCCGUAUCAGGUCACUCAGUGACACUUGGAGAGACUCUUGCUGCUUCUUCGGUUGAUAUUACAGGCGUUAAAGCUGCAUAUGAAGUUUCGGGAAAUCCUGCGGAUUGUGUUUCUUUAGCGUUAUCUGGUGCAUUGUUUUCCUGGUCUAAGCCUGUUUUGGCGAUCAGUGGAAUAAACAGAGGAUCAAGUUGCGGACACAACAUGUACUACUCAGGUGCUGCUGCGGCUGCUAGAGAGGCACUGAUUUGUGGUGUACCGUCUGUGUGCAUAUCACUGAACUGGAAGAAUGGGGUAAGCUCCGAAAAUGAUUUGAAGGAUGCAGCCAGUGUUUGUUUGCCAUUAAUCUACGCUGCUACAAGAGACAUCAAGAAGGAGAGUUUUCCCGAAGCUUGCUUGUUGAACAUAGAGAUCCCCACUUGUCCCAUUGCAAACAAGGGCUUUAAAGUUACCAGGCAGAGUCUAUGGAGAUCCUCUUUGAGCUGGCAAUCAGUAUCAGUAAACAGACAUCCUUCUGCUGGUCAUUUUAUGUCCAACCAGCAAAGCCUUGGUAUCAAGCUUGCGCAACUCAGCCGAGAUGCCUCCGCAGCUGGUGCAGCUCGCCGCCUGAACUCACAGAGGAAGAACGUGGAGGUAGAAUCUGUUGGGAUUGCAGGAAAAGUUAAUGCCCCACAAACUGUAAAGAAAUACUUCCGUCUAGAGUUCUCAGAAAAGGAGCAGAAGAGUGCUGAGGAGGAUCUAGACAUUAGAGCACUUGAAGAUGGAUUUGUUGCGGUGACUCCCUUUUCCUUGACUGUCCAACCAGAAAUCUCAGCUUUGAUGUCCAACUGGAUUGCAGCUGCGCUUGCUGGCAAGCAAUAAAGCCACCUCUGCGAGGCAGCACUGGAUAUUAAUUGUGUAUGCUAGAGAAUGCCAAUCAGAUUAUUAUAUUGUUUGAAAUUCAAUUAGAUGUCAAUGGUAUGGAAGUAUGUUUUUGGAUGGACCCAACUGGCGCUAACUAUUAGUCUACCUGCUUAGCCAAAUCUUAUGGAGAACAAAUUAUGAA